AUGGUUCAGGAUGACUUCUCCGUGAAUGAGGCUAUCAACCAGGUCACUACUCGAGCGACGGUUCUAUCUCAAGACGCCCGAGAGUUGGGGUUCCACGCGAAUAUCAUUGCAGAUUCCAUAUUUAAUUAUGCCCUGAAAACCCAUCAUAGCCAACAGUCCAAGCUUGUAAAUUUCAUCACCAUCCUCCAAAAGACAAGUAUACCUCAUCCCGAUGGGGGAGUAGCGACCCAUCCAUGGAGCGGUGCCUUCUGGACAGACCUCCCUCUGGUAGGCAUGACUUGGGCUGAUUAUACCGCUAGUUAUGCGCCGGAGGAUUCAACCAACGACUCCCGAGGUAACGAGGAGUAUGAGAAUUUUAUGGCUUUUGUUGCCCAGUUAUCUGAGAUUGGAGUCGAUCGGCUCAAUCUGGCAACUCAGUGGAGUUACAAGUCUUUAUGUGAGAUUUUCGAAGAAGACAACGGUGGCCCGACAAGAGUGCAAGUCCGAGUGGCGUGUAUCUGGUUCAUUUACGCACCCCAAAAGGUGUGGAAUGAUGCUUUACUCGGUAGGACAUAUCGGGAAAAUAGCUUUCAGGUAGACAGCUGGGUAAGAUGGAGGAAAUUUUUGGAAGAGUCACAAACGGCGGCAUGGCUUGAUGAGGAUACCCAGGAGUUGCUUAGGUGUGCCUUACUUAACAUGUACUGGAGGGAGGAGGAAUACUAA